AUGGAGGAAGACGAAUCUCCCACCCGUCGCAAAGCGGCGAUCGAGAUCCCUCUCCGGUCAGAGCGAAAGUAUGUCCCCGGCUCAGGGCCCGCCCCCCCUCAGAUCUCGCUCCUUCCUGUUCACGACUCGACCGGUUACAUAAUCGACCAGUUUGUCCUUCCCACGGAUCAGGACAUGAAGCCAGAUUCUCGCCGUCUACUUCACUAUCACAUUGGCUUCACCGACCUGCCUGCGGCGAAGCUACUUGUGCCUUGCCACAAGGUGCUCGACUACAUCUCCCCGCGCGAGCUCGAGGAGUGGGAGUCCCGCAAUUUUGAGAGACUCGACGCACAGAGAAAGACAGCAGAGUUGGCUCUGAAAGAGAAAAAAAUGGCAAAGAAGAAGGCCGCCGAGGCCGCCGCCAUUGCUGAAGGCAAACGACCAGUCGGCAGACCCCCCAAAACCAAACCCCGCGACUCUCGCUCGCCCGCUUCGACCACCCAAGCGAGUGAAGCCCUCACCAUGGUAGAGCAGGUAGCUGGACCGUCUCUUUCAACACCGAAGAAGAGAAAACUGAGCAUGGCAUUGGAGAGGGAGGACACGGUUAGUGACGUGGAGUCCGACGAAGCCGCCAUCCAAAGACAACUGCAUCCAGAUUUUGUGAAUGAUCAAGAGUGGCAGCUCCGCGACGCGGAAGAGGGUCAAUGGGCCGGAAAGUCUGAAGCAGAGCCAAUCGGUCAGUCUGGUCUACCUUCCUUCGAAACAUCAGGUGCCGAGACAUCGCAAGCCAGCAGUUUGGCACCAUCCCGGCGAGGUGUGCUACCUCCUCUCUCACAGCCAUUGCCACCUGGACGGAAAGAGACGCCCAUCCCCCCACCAAAUCUCAAUUUGCAUUCUCUCCCAUCGAAGGCCAAAACAGGCGUCACGGCGAUUCCUAGACCGAAACAAACGCCCAUUCCUCCUCCUAUUCCAGGACAGACAUCAGGUCUUUCUACUAAACCUAAACACAAACCUGCAGCUCCGGCACAGACGUGCCCAGCUAUUCCUGGAAACAUUCACCCGGUUUUCGCUGCGGCUUUUGGCGCACGCACCGAAGCAAAGGUUGGGUCUCGGAACGGUGCGGCAGAUCCCAAGACACCCAAGUCAACUCCUGCUAAAUCACAUGGAACGCAGCAGUCGAAGACGUCUACUCCAGCUCGGCGAGCUGAGCCGCUCAAGAUCGCCCAAUGGACCCCAGUGGCCGUGAGCCGGGGUCGUUUCAGCCGAACUACCCCCGGCUCCUCCUCCACCGCAUCGGUAUCCCAAGAUCAAACCCAAGAGACUGGAUCCCAGAAAAGCGAAAAGAAGGCGCCUAAACCAAGGAAGCGAAAGGCACCAGCAUCACAGGAAGAGGUCUACGAUGUUAAGGAGCUCCUAGACGACCGGUGGAUCACCGAGGAAGGAAAGAAGACACACAAAUACCUCGUCCUCUGGGCGGGUCAGUGGCCGGAAGGCCAGAAUCCCACUUGGGAGCCGGCGGACAACAUUGAGGAUAAGGAGCUCAUCCGCCAGUAUCACGAGAAGAAAGCCUUGGGCAUAGUGAGGCCGCCUCCUAAGAAGAUGCAAAAGACUUUGCGUUCUUAUAUCCUGACGGGGAAGCAGUACAGCUCCGUUGCUGAAGCUUUUGAGGACGGUCUCGACGUGGUAGAACCCAGAAAUCAUCAGGGGAACGAUGAGGAGGAUGUGAACAUGGACAAGGAGGAGUUCCUCAAGGUGGUGGAUAAUCUCCAUCCGCAGUAUGCGAAGAGCUUGAGCUUUCAUGUCAAGAAGGAGAAGGAGGGAGGGGGUGCGAGUGGCAAGGUGGUCGACGCAUCGUUCUCGGCGUUUGAUGCCAGUCUUGCUCGGUAUCAACAGAGCUUUAAUGGUGCGCCUCGUGGAGCUUUUUAG